AUGUCCAAGUGCAGCCAUUUCUUAAUAGAGGUCUAUGGCUCGGAUGAGUCCAAUGGGCAGAUAACCAUGAUAAGGAAACGUGAAGAGUUGGAUUUUGAUUCCUCCUCCUCCCCCAUUCUAGGCCUCGCUCGAGUGACAUCCAGCUUAGAAAUCCUUUCCCAGGCUCUGACGUCACACCUGCAGCAGGAUGACGUCAUCAACCGAGAAUUCCGUAUUUGUACAAACAUCAGCGAAGCUUUGCAGACAAGGACAAGCCUCAACGAGAACCAAUUCCGGGAACAGCAAGAAGCGAACGCCCAGCUGGAAGCAAAGCGCAGGGAGGCGGAGGAGAGAAUCCGCCAGGCAAGGAUCACCAAGCAACAGUUGCAACAACAGCUCCUCCAACUGCAGAAGGAUGAGCUGCAACUGAAACACGAGGAAGUGCAAGCCAAGACGGAGAACCUUGAGGCCAAGAGAGCACAAGGAGAGAAAGCCCGGCUGAACAGCGAGAUCAGUCUGCUUAAGCACGAGCUCCUCCUUGCCAAGGAACGCAACCGUCAUAUCGAAACGCAGAUUUCUUCCAUUAGACAAAAGGUUACGCAAGUCACCAGAGCCAAAAACGAAUUGACACAGAGUAAAGAUACAAAAGCAGAUGUGAAAAGCUCCUUAUUCCAAAAUCUAGAGGAAGAAGUGACUCUAAUCGAACGACACUCUGAUGAAAAUAGCCGCCUAGAAGAGGAUAUUGGACGCACCAGAGCAACAGGCGAGAAUCUCACGAAGACGAAGUCAGAGUUGGAGCAAAAACUGAACGCACUGAACGUUCAGAAAGGACAGUUACAGAAGGGAAUGCAGCUUGCUGGGGAAUCGGAGAAGUCGGUACGGGCUUCUAUAGCGAGAGUAGGCCAGGAGAUUCAGAAAAUUGAAUCUGAUAUUAGGUACACAGAGGGAGAAAUGCGGUAUUGUUAGCGAUAUUGACCUCUCGUUCUAAGAUCUUGAAUAUGUGGGAAAAAAAUGUAUUAUUACAGUAAAUAACUUUGUAUGAAGCUAUUACUUCUAAUAAAAUUUACUAAAAACC